AUGGCUGAGGAUGAUCCUGCUUCGGAAUUGAAUCGUCAGGGCAUUGAUGUCAUCGUACUCGAGGCAUCACCCAAUAUAGGCGGUAGAGUGAAUUCAACCAACACCAAGCUCGGAUCAAAUCUGGAUCUGGGAGGACAAUGGAUUGGGCACGGACACCAUCGCAUCACUUCUCUAGUGAACAAGGAGAGAGGCACGAUAUACCAGACGUUCUCGCAGGGUUUACCGACGGUUGUUCACGAAGGUCGCACUGUGUCUCUCUUUUCUCCGUCGGUGCUUCUUGCGAUUAUCUAUCUCAUCUUCCUCGAGAUAGCCAGUAGGAUCUAUGUUCCGCAGAGCUGGAUCGAACUCUCAGUGGACAGAGCCAUUGCAACAUUCGUCCCAUCAGAAAUUGCUCGUCGACUGCUUCGUCUCCUCGUUGAAGUAUCCUCCACCGCGGAAUUGAGCCUUUAUUCGGUCUAUGGCUUUGCAAACGCGAUUCCUCUAUCUGGGGGGCUAAUGACCAUGUUAGGAACCGAAGGUGGAGCUCAAGACUGUUUGGUUGUGGAAUCUAUGGGCAUCACUACUUCCAUGUUAGCAAGCGAGCUCUCUGGGAAAAUUUUGACCGGCAUGUCGGUCACAAGUGUGUCCCAAAGUGAAAGUGAUAAAGUGACUGUGUGCACAGCGUCAGGCCGACAGUUCUACGGUAGGAAAGUCAUAAUCACGGUUCCACCGCCAAUGUUAGAAAACAUUACGUUUGAUCCGCCGAUGCCGCCCGAACGCAUCUUGCUGCAAAAGAACACCCGCAUGGGCGUCGUCUACAAAGCCAUAGCUGUUUUCGAGAAACCCUUCUGGCGUGAGGGCCUGGGCGGGGAGUUUCUCGUGCUUGACGAUCCUGCGUGCGGUGUGUUCGAUUGUUCAUCGCCCGGAGGCCCUGGGCACCUGUUCUUCCUAGUAGCCGGCACACCCGCACGCCAGCUCGAUGCGCUUGAAUCUGAUUCACGGCGCGGAUUGCUUCUGUCGCGACUUGCGCAACAUCUUGGGAACCGAGUGCUGCACCCUGUGGACUGGCACGAAAAAGCCUGGCAUUUGGAUGAAUAUUGUGGUGGUGGGUAUUUAGCAUAUCCUGUUGUUGGCACUAGUGAUGGCCAUCUGCCGAUGCCUCAUGAACCGAUCAAAAACUUGCACUGGGCGGGAACAGAGACGGCGCAGGAGCAUCCUGGGUAUCUGGAAGGAGCCGUGCAGUCAGGUGAGCGUGCCGCUAAUGAGGUCGCUCGUGCUCUUCGUGGAGCGCACGCCGACGAUAAAAAGGAAAAGAAAUGA